GCUAGAUUAUGUGACAGUCGGUCGUAGUCGGUGUUGAAACAACGGAGCGUGGCGUUUGUGUAUUAACUCUUGUAUUUUCUCUAUUUUUCCUGCGAUUAUUCGUGAACAUUUGGCGACAUCAAUGAUGAAAGCAUUAAUAUUGAUAUCUAUUCUGUUCCUUCUGGCAGGAUUUGCCAGAGCCGAAGAUCAAGUCGACGAAGAUAUUGGAACCGUUGAGAAUGAUUUGGGUGCCAGCCGGGAAGGAUCUCGAACAGACGAUCAAGUGGUUCAAAGAGAAGAGGAAGCUAUAAAGUUAGAUGGAUUAAAUGUAGCACAAAUGAAAGAACUCAGGGAGAAGGCUGAAAAAUUUGUGUUUCAAACCGAGGUUAAUCGUAUAAUGAAACUUAUUAUUAAUUCGCUAUACCGCAACAAAGACAUUUUCCUUAGGGAAUUGAUAUCCAAUGCUUCGGAUGCUUUGGAUAAGAUCAGAUUAUUAUCGUUAACAGACAAGAAUGUCUUGGAUAGUAAUCCGGAGUUGGCAAUCAGGAUAAAAUCGGACAAAGAGAACAAGAUAUUGAGUAUAACUGACUCCGGUAUUGGUAUGUCUAAAAAUGAAUUAAUUAAUAAUCUUGGAACAAUUGCAAAAUCUGGUACGGCUGAGUUCUUGGGCAAAAUGCAAGAGACUUCCAACACUCAGGAUCUAAACGAUAUGAUUGGCCAGUUUGGAGUAGGUUUUUAUUCUGCUUUCCUAGUUUCAAAUACUGUAAUUGUUACAUCCAAGCACAACGAUGAAAAACAGUACAUUUGGGAGUCCGAUAGUUCUAGCUACAGUAUUGUAGAGGAUCCAAGAGGAGAUACUUUGAAGAGAGGAACAACAGUAAGCCUUCAUCUGAAAGAUGAAGCAUUGGAUUUCCUGGAAGAAGAUACAAUUAGAAAUUUAGUAAAGAAAUACUCGCAAUUCAUCAACUUUCCCAUAUAUUUGUGGAGUAGCAAAAUUAUUCAAGUCGACGAAGAAGAUGAUGAGGAUGAAGAGAAACCUGUAGAGGAAGAUGAAAGGAAGACGGAAGAAUCUAUCAAAGAUAAGGUAUUGGACGAGGAAGGUGACGCAAAGGUGGAGGAUGCUGAGGAUGAAAAAAAGACAAAGAGAGUUGAUAAAACCGUUUGGAAUUGGGAAUUGCUCAACGAUUCGAAGCCUAUAUGGACCUUGAAACCAUCGGAAGUCUUAGAAAAAGAUUACAAUGAUUUUUACAAAGCGUUAACGAAAGACACUCAAGAACCUUUGGCAAAAAUUCAUUUUGUAGCGGAAGGUGAAGUCACUUUCAAAUCGCUUCUGUUUAUACCGAAGGUGCAACCAGGCGACAGCUUUAAUCGUUAUGCUACUAAGUCGGAUAAUAUUAAAUUAUACGUUAGGAGGGUCUUUAUCACCGAUAAAUUCACCGACAUGAUGCCCAACUAUUUGUCCUUCAUUUGCGGUAUUGUUGACAGUGACGACCUACCACUUAACGUAUCUCGUGAAAACCUGCAGCAACACAAACUUAUUAAGGUAAUCAAGAAAAAACUGAUCAGAAAGGUCUUAGAUAUGAUAAAGAAGAUUCCCAAGGAAGAAUACGACAAGUUCUGGAAAGAGUACAGCACAAAUAUUAAACUAGGUGUAAUUGAAGACGCUCAGAACAGGGCCAGACUGUCGAAACUGUUGCUCUUCCACUCCUCUACUCAGAAGGGCACUACAUCUCUAGCAGAUUAUGUCUCGCGGAUGAAGUCCAGUCAGCAAUACAUCUAUUAUAUUGCAGGCUCCUCUGAGGAAGAAGUGAAGAAGUCUCCUUUUGUUGAAAGACUGGAUAAGAAAGGAUACGAGGUACUCUAUUUGACUGAAGCUGUCGACGAAUACGCUAUUUCAGGUCUUCCUGAAUUCGAUGGCAAGAAGUUCCAGAACGUGGCCAAAGAAGGUUUCUCUCUCGAAGAGGGUGACGAGGCCAAGGAGAGGAUGGAACAUCUCAAGACAACGUUUGAGCCGUUAAUCAAAUGGUUGAACGAUAUUUUGAAGGAUUAUGUCAGCAAAGCUCAAGUGUCCGAACGUUUAACGGAUUCUCCCUGUGCUUUGAUCGCCAGUAUGUUUGGGUGGACUGGAAACAUGGAGAGACUCGCAAUUUCAAACGCUCAUCAGAAAAGCGACGAUCCACAGAAAACUUAUUACUUGAAUCAGAAAAAGACGUUGGAAAUUAAUCCAAGGCAUCCACUGAUCAGAGAACUGCUACGACGCGUAAAACUGGACACUGCUGAUGAAACAGCGAAAGACAUCGCUCUAAUGAUGUUCAGGACAGCUACCCUUCGAUCUGGGUACAUGCUUAGGGAAACUGCGAGCUUUGCCGAUAGCGUGGAACAGCUGAUGAGGAAAACUUUGGACAUUCCUCUGGAUGAACAACCGGAAGAAGAGGAAAGUCUAGAAGAGAAAGAUGAGAACAAACACGAGGAACUAUAACCUAUGGAAACUGUAUCGCAUAAAUCUAAUUCUACAGUAGCUGUAUAACCGUACAAUGUAUGGUUACACAGUGUUCGAUUGCAUUGUGCAAAAUGUUUACUACCGUGCUUUCAAUCGAGAAAAAAAAACUACUGUCAUUGUACAGAAAGAGAAGGAAGUGUUCUUCGAUCCUUCUUUGCAGCAUUUAAAUUACUUUGUAAUGUUAUUGUUGCGAAAACACAAAGUCGACGAUAAAAUAUUCCGCCGAAUAUUAAGUUCAGUCAUCGUAAUACAUUGUAGACUUUAUCAUAGGCUCUACUUUCGAUAACGAAUUAUUAUUGUAAUUUAUUUCAUCCAGUUUUUUCACUUCUUGUUUCUUAAAAUGGUGAUCUAAAAGGGUCAUUCAUUGAACAUAAUAAAACGUAGUAUGUUUGUGAUGCGAAUGAAUGUGUUUGUAUAAAAGGAUAUUAAAAGAUUACUGAAAUAUCA